AUGCUUUGGUCCCGGGUCUGCCUCUUGUUUUCCGCUCUCUGCGUGACUGCGACAUACGGAGGCAAGGUGCUUGUUUUUCCAGUGGAUGGGAGCCACUGGGUGAACAUGAAAGUUAUUAUCGAGGGACUCCACUCCAGAGGCCACCAAGUUGAUGUGGUGCGAACAGACGACAGCUGGUACAUCAAGGAAAAGUCCCCACUCUACACCUCCAUCACACUUGACGUGGAGUCGGGCUUCAACAAAGAUUUCAUUGUGAUGUUUGUGCAGCAGUUGCUGAAAAUCCAGCGAGAAGGGAAGUCCGCUUGGACACGUUUUAAAUUGGAAAUGGAGCAAGGUGAAAAAGCCUCGGUAAUGCAUGAAAAAACUGCCAAAUUGCUGGAGUGGGUUUUUGAGAAUAAAACCUUGGUGGAGUCUCUGAAAAGCGCCAAGUAUGACCUUGUUCUGACAGACCCAGGAGUGCCAGCCGGCAUUAUUUUUGGCCAUUACCUGAAGUUACCUCUGGUUUUCAACGCAAGAUGGACCAGUCACGGCGAGGGCCAUUUAGCAAUCGCACCAUCCCCUCUGUCAUAUGUGCCCAUGACGGGAACAGAAUUUUCUCAAAAAAUGAGAUUUUUUGAAAGAGUUCUGAAUGUUUUGGUGUUUAUCUUUGCGGAAUAUCAAAUCUCAAGGUAUAUAAAACCACAUUAUGAGGGCAUAAUUAAAAAAUAUUUAGGCCCUGAUGAAGACUAUAGUGCACUCUUCCAAGCAGCAGACCUGUGGCUUAUGAGGGUGGACUUUGUCUUUGAGUUUCCACGCCCCACCAUGCCCAACGUCAUCUACAUGGGGGGAUUCCAGUGUAAACCUGCCAAGCCUCUACCGGAAAACCUGGAGGAGUUUGUUCAGAGUUCUGGAGCGCACGGAGUCAUCCUCAUGUCUCUGGGGACUCUAAUCGGGGAACUUCCUGACGACUUAGCCGAUGAGAUCGCAGCCGCUUUUGGCAAGCUUCCGCAGAAGGUCAUCUGGCGGUAUAAAGGCGCUAAACCUUCCACUCUGGGCAACAACACUCUCCUGGUGGACUGGAUGCCACAGAACGACUUGCUCGGACAUCCCAAGAUUAAACUCUUCGUGGCUCACGGUGGGACAAAUGGUGUCCAGGAAGCAAUUUACCACGGAGUUCCGAUCCUCGGACUACCGCUCAUUUUUGACCAGCGAGAUAAUCUUUUACGGAUCCAAGUGAGAGGAGCAGGGAAAGUCGUGGAUAUAUUCACCAUGGAUCAACAUAUUUUCUUCCAGGGCAUACAGGAAGUCCUGACGAAUCCGUCCUACAAAAACAACAUGCAGAGGCUCUCUAGGCUCCACCGAGAUCAGCCCAUCCCUCCGCUCGACAGCGCCCUCUUCUGGAUUGAGAUGGUCAUGAGACACAAAGGCACAGCUCACCUGAGGACCGAGUCCUACAAACUGCCCUGGUACACUUACCAUUCGUUGGAUGUGCUCCUCUGCUUAGCUGCUGUGGUGCUGCUUAUUCUCAGUACUCUUAGCGCCCUUGUUUGCUGUUUUUGCUCCAAAAUGUGCUUCAAAGGAAAACAUAAGCACGAUUAAAGUAAUAUAAAAGUCACUUGAAACGUGAGAUGCAGAAAAUACAGGCAUUUGACCUUAUCAUAAGACAAAAUUUUCUGUUUGAUGAAUCUACAGUCUUGCAGAAAUCAUCUUUGUACUUUUAGCGUGAUCCAGUUUAUGGUACUCUGACUAAAAUUUGCACAGGUAUCAGAAUCAGGAUCAGCCGUAAUGGCCAAGUAUGUAAGAACACAAGGAAUUUGCCUCGAGAAGUCGAUGCCGCCCUAGUACGAUAUUCAUGUUGAGUAUGGAGAAGAAGAACAUACAAACUACCAAGAACAAAGAACAAUAGACAAUAAAUUCUGUUCCCAACACAUUUCACAAUCACUUCUUUUUUAAAUGGUGCAAACCAGUCUCUUUAGGGUCUAUUACCUGAUUGUACUCAGUUAAAUGCAUA